AUAUUAGUAUAGAUAAGAUCCUCAAAAUUUAUAAAAAUCUACCGAUCUAAGUAACAAUCCAAAAUCCUGUUCACCCCGAUGUGACAUUCAAUGACAUUUACCACAGACGUCAGUUAUCCAAAAUAAAAAUCGUUGUCAAGCGAAAUGUACAAAUAAAGUGAAUUUAACGCGUAAAUUUCCAAUAAUAUCGUCUAAUAAUCAUUGAUAGAAGAUCAAAGAAAAUUGUAUUGACUAAUAAGUUUAAAUUAUUACAAAAUGGAGUCUACAGAAGUGGAAAUAAUAACUACAGAUAUAUCACAAGGAUGUGAUGAAGAAGAGAGUGAAAGAAACAAAAUAUAUUAUUUUCAUUUGGGCGAUCAUGAUUAUUUCAAGAAAACAUCACCAAAAAAAGUCUCCAAACGCAAGCGCACAGUCAAAAUAACAGAAUUAAAAGCGGUAUACAACUGCAAAUCCUGCGGUUACAAGACUAUGAAACGUGAAGUGUUUUCAACGCACAAUUGUGUGAAAGCGACUGUCAAAUGUGUCCCAUGCACUAGCUGUGAUAAGUAUAGAGCACCACCGGGCAAUGUGCAAUGUCCUCAGUGCAGUUACUUUACCAAGAAUAAAGCAAGCUUGAAAGUCCAUAUGCGGAUACAUUUGAAUGGCACACCCUACAAAUGCACAGAAUGCAAUUUCUCUGGCAGAGAUCUAAAAGAACUUAUAACACAUUAUACACAUGAGAAAAAUCUGCAAUGCAGCUGUGGUUAUUCCACACAUGUCAAGCAACAGAUGGUUGCCCAUAAGAGGAGUCACACGGGAGAAAAACCUUUCAGCUGCGGUGUUUGUUACUAUAGCUUUUCGGACCGUGCAGGCUUGCAUAGGCAUUUGAAAACACAUGCUGGGUCUUGUUAGACUGUUGGUCUAGUGGGUGACCCUGACUGUUAUACCGGUGGUCGUGGUUGUCUUAUCUAUACUAAUACUUACUA